GUGUCAAUUGGAGAUUUUUUUCUUUCAAUCUCUAUUUAGUUUUGCUUCAUUUAGAAGUUAUAAUUAUAAUUUACAUUGGUGUUUUGAAGUGGAUUUGAUAUGGGAAUCAAAGAGGCAAAUAUUUAUUUGGAUAAUCAAUGUAAUACCUACUAUGCUGGCCAAACGGUUAAUGGAAGAAUAGAAUAUGUGUUUGAUAGUCCAAAGAAAGUAAGAGGUAUCCAUGUCAAAUUCAAAGGUGAAGCCCACACAGAGUGGUCUGAAAGCAAAGAAGAACAGGAUGCGCAAGGAAAAACAGAAUCAACCAAUACAAUGCAUACUGGAAGUGAAGAGUACUUUCAAAUAUCUUAUUACCUUCUCGGAAGUAAUAAUGGAAACGAGAUUGAAAUUCCAGCUGGAAAACAAGUGUACAAUUUUACGUGCACUUUACCACCUGUUCUGCCUUCUUCGUUUGAAGGGGAAUUUGGUUAUGUUAGGUACACAGUGAAAGUAACUUUGGAUCGACCAUGGAAGUUUGAUCAAGAAACAAAAAUGGCGUUCACUGUUAUAAAUGCAUUGGAUCUGAAUUUAAAUCCAUCUUACAGGGAACCGAUCCAUAUUCAGUUAGAGAAGACUUUUUGUUGCUUUUGCUGCGCUUCACCUCCAAUGUCAGUUGAUGUCCGAGCGCCUGUCUCUGGUUAUUGUCCUGGUCAAGUUAUUCCAAUAACAGUGGAUAUUGAAAACAAAAGUAAUGUGCAGCUGCAUCUUGUUAAGAUUUUUCUGAGAAAGGUGGUUACCUACCGUGCUACAUCACCUUCUACGGUAACGAAGAAAGCUAAAGAAGUAAUAUUGACGGUACAAGAGGGACCUGCUCCCGCGGGCAGUACGAAGCAUUGGAAUUUAUCACUCGAAAUACCACCCAUUCCACCAUCGAAUCUCGUCAACUGCAAUAUUAUCGAUUUAGAUUAUGAUCUCAAGGUGGAAUGCGUGGUGUCAGGCAUGCACUUGAACAUGAAGGGCAAGAAGUAUGUAACGAUCGGUACAGUCCCGCUGGUGGCAGGAGCGGGAACAGCGCCGAGUCCCGGCGGUGACACGGCGCAGUACUCGCCCUCUCAACCCGCCGUACUACCUGUAGCGCCCGGUUACCCGGCCCAGCCUACUGCGCCUUCAGCUCCGAACGGUGAAUCAGCUCCGGGCGGGUGGGUGGUUCCCGGGGCAACGCCGCCACAAGCACCGUACCAAGCAUUGUACCCCACACUAUCGGAGCCCGUAUACAAGGCGUCACCGUACAUACCUAAAACAAUUCAAGAUAGAAGCGACACAGACCACACCAAUAUAACAGGACCAAAGUUUGCUCCGUACUAUCCCACGUACGCAGCCGUCCAACCACCUCCGCUACCUCAGUGAAUUAUGUAUAAUCUACAUACACUACACGCACUUAAGAUUUUUGAGCUUUUUGGCAUUUAAUAACCAAUUAAUAUUAUGAAUGUACUACCUCUUAUAUAUUACACAAGGUGGUACUUAAGGAAUGUCGAUCUAUAUGGUGAUUUAUUACUUUUUGAGAUGAUUAUACUAAGUUACUAUAGACAAGGGCAAGCAAACGAAGAUAUAUACAAAGAUAUUAAUAUUAACACGAAUCUCUGAUAAGGAAUUAUAUUUUUCCAUUCCUUGUCAUGAAAAAAUACCGUCCAUUAUAACAUGGCACUGAUUUUUGUUUAGAUUGUUUUUGCAUUUAUGAUUUUUGUGAAUAGUAUAAAAGGGUCUGUCUGUAAUGGCUCGCAAGCCAGUUUCAAGUCACAAUCUCUGAAGUUUCGGGUUCGAUUCCCGAUUUUAGAAAAAAAUAUAUGGUCUAUGUUGUUUUGAGUCUGGGUGUUUUGGAAUCUUCAUUGUUGAAUUUCCAUAAUACAAGUGGUAAAAGGUACUUUAUUUGGGAUUUGAGACUAUGGACAUUGUACUGGUUACUAUGUAUUUUUUAGUUUUGUAACGUUACAAAGUCAAACUUAGUUUUCUCUUUCCAGUGAAGAAUGUAAUAUCCAAUUUUGAAACAUUGAGAAGACUGUUAGAUACGGACAAACAUCAGUGCCAAAAAAAAAUAACUAACUGUAUAGUAGUGUAUAAAAAUUGCUAAACAACACAUUACGUUUCCUCAACGUGCUUUAACUUCAGAUCAAAUAAAUUAAAGAUGGAUUCAGACGAUUUUUAUCCAGUAUUUGGUAUUGACCUUAAACACGUUACAUAAGCUGUCUUCCAUGAAAAUAGAAAAACUAUUUCAGUUAGUCCUUCUACUAAUAUUUUGAAGAAUUUACAAGUUAUAUAUAGAGGGAAGCGAAUGGACUCGUUGCCCUCUCCCUUUUCUGCGUCUGCACAAUAGAUUUCAUUCUUAUCUUCUUUUGUCUACGACACGUUAAGGAAACAUUUAGUGUUACACAGACCUAUGAUACAACUGCUUUGGUGCUUUUAGAAUCUUGUUAAAAUAUGAUAUAAAUGUUAUAUUCGCAUUAAUUUGUUUUAUGUAAUCAAGAUAUUUAUGAAUAAAUAAAAUAUUAUGAC